AUGAAUUUCACGAACAAGGACAUCGGUUCGUUACUUUUCACCGAGGAAACACCCAACAAGGCAAAAUGCUGUGUGUGCGGCAAGAUCUACAAGCAAGGCAACGGCUACACAAACCAGAUGCACCACCUCCUGAAGAUGCAUCCUGACUACCCGCGACUGGCUAAAGCUGCUUUCCGGCGCGGCAACCCGCUGGGGCUCACCAUGGCCGACCAACGGACCAACGAAAUUUUCCGCUCGAUCGAGUGGUGUGUGCUGGACCGCAUGCCAGUAAGCUUUUGCGAGCGAGCUCUGGUUCGUAAGAAUGCUUCCAUGGUGCCUAUGGCUGCCUCAACGUUGCAACGACACAUCGACCUCCUCUACGGAUACGUGCGCGACGUCAUCGCUGCCAAGCUUCCUGAGAAGUUUGGGUUGGUUCUCGACGGCUGGUCGAGUGGUGGUCGCCACUUCAUUGCGAUCAUGGCUGUGUACCAUGAUGCUUCUGUGAAUAACGUGGGGGGUAGGAAGCCUGGCUAUGAUGAGAGCAUUCAAUGCGUGUCACGCCGCUUUGUCUUGCUCGCAUUUUGCCCUCUGGGCGAUGAAGAAGACCUCGGCGCUCAAAGCUUGCUUGACCUGAUAGCGGACACGUUAUCAACCUUCAACAAGCCUUGGGAGUCCGUGCUCUUUUAUGAUUGGUGA